AUGGACAUCACAGCCAAGAUGGAAAUAAAUGUGAGCCAGCAGCAGUUCAUGCCGCCCUCCUGCUUCUUUGCUGCCGCAGCGCAGAGCAUCCAGCUCAGCCCGACCAGCAGCCAGGGGAGCGGCAAGUCAGCAUCCAAGGUGAAGAGGCAGCGCUCAUCCUCGCCGGAGCUGCUAAGAUGCAAGAGGAGGCUGAACUUUGCGGGCUUUGGGUACAGCCUGCCGCAGCAGCAGCCACACACCGUGGCGCGGCGGAACGAGAGGGAGCGCAACAGAGUGAAACUUGUCAACAACGGCUUCGCCACUCUCCGGGAACACGUCCCCAACGGCGCAGCCAACAAGAAGAUGAGCAAAGUGGAAACGUUACGGUCGGCGGUGGAGUACAUUCGCGCACUACAGCAACUUUUGGAUGAGCACGACGCCGUGAGCGCAGCGUUUCAGUCCGGGGUCCUGUCGCCCAACAACUACCCCAACGAGAUGAACUCCAUGGCAGGCUCUCCAGUGUCCUCCUACUCGUCCGAUGAGGGGUCCUACGACCCUCUCAGUCCCGAGGAGCAGGAACUCCUGGACUUCACCAACUGGUUCUGAGCAUCUGUAGCCUAUAAGGUGAGAAUGUUGUUUAUAAUGGGCCUAUCAUUCAUAUUAUACAAGUACUGUAUUAUGCAUUGUUAUAAUGAAUAUUUGCAUUAUUCCGUUUUCAAGAUCAAUUGAAAACAACUGAACGAAUGUCUUACCUCCUUUUUCUUAUUCGUUAUUAUAGGAAUAUGGAUCAAUUGAAUUAUGUAUACUCUCAGCAUGCGCUCGGGAGGGUCACAGAGGAGCUCGCGCCCUCCAGAACAAGAAGCACUGAGCUGGCGUUCUGCUCCGGUCGUCCACGACCCAGUCCACUUAAAGGAACGGCCUUGCAACCGGAGAAACUGCGGACAUGCAGGCCAGUGUUCAGCCAAGCGCCAAAGGACUAAAAAGAAAACGGGUUCUCCAUGUCUGACAGCGUGGGAAUCCAACCUUCCAGUGCAUUCGCCCAUGAAAACAACAUUUCAAAAGUGAUUUUACAACAACACACAAAACAUUAUUUAAAAUGUUGUUCUCAAACUAUGCUUAAUCCAAUCAAAGAACAUCAACCCUUCUUUGUAAACUCCUGUGACAUUUAGUUCUAAAAUGCUUCCAUUGUGCGGAUUUUAUUAUAUGAAAUUCUAUAUCAAACAUGUUUUUGAAAUAUAUUAAGAUAUU